AUGGCCGCGCUCGGGGACCGUGUCCAAGACGCCGAGGGCUUCCGCGGGACGCUGCGCUACGCGGGGACGAUCCACUCCAAGGGGUCGGAUGCGAUCUACUACGGGAUCGAGUGGGACGAUGCGAGCCGCGGCAAGCAUGAUGGCGAGGCCGGCGGCGUUCGGUACUUUACGACAGCUGCGCCGACGAGCGGGUCUUUUGUCGUGCCCGAGAAGGUGAUGCGGGGCGUCGGCUUCCUCGACGCGCUCCACGAGCGCUACAUGCAGGCCGAGGCCAGCGACGUCCGCGUCGCAGGCGAGGUCGCGACCAGCAGCGGCAGCUCCAAGAGUAUUCAGCUUGUCGGCGUGCACAAGAUUCAGGAGCGUCAGGACCUCGGUGUCAUCUGCAAGGUCUCCCUCGAGUCAUGCCGCAUUGCGCGCAUGCCCGAGCCAGAUGUGCUCCGCUCGAUGGCUCCCAAUAUUGAAGUGCUCAACCUGGGCUUCAACCUCCUUGGGUCUUGGCGCGAGGUGCUAACGCUGGCUCAUGCGCUACCGAAACUCGAGCACCUCGUGCUCAGCGGAAACCGCCUUGCGUACGACGUCCCAUCGACAAGCAGCGUCGCCUUUCCGUCCGUGACGAGCCUCGUCCUGAACCAGACCAACCUCAAGUGGACCGAUGUCCAGCGCGUGUGCAGCGCCCAUUUCCCCCAACUGCGCGAACUCUACGUCGCGUCCAACGAGCUUGCCGACGCUGAUCUGCUGGCGGCAGCGACGCUGCCGUGGCCAGCGCACCUCGAGCUCGUGGACCUGUCCCACAACCAGCUGAGUGACUGGAGCGUGCUUGAGCAGAGUCUCGGAGCGCUCCCGUCGCUCAAGCAUGUGCUUUUGAACGGGAACGCGCUGCCCGCAAUCCUUCCGACGCCGCCCGGCAGCUUUUCGUCCCUCGUGAGCAUCUCGAUCUCCGACAACCUUAUUGACGCGUGGUCCUCGAUGGAUGCGCUCAACGCGCUCCCGUCGCUCGAGCUGCUUCGCUUUGCCAAAAACCCGCUCAUUGCGGCGCUUGGCGCUGGCGAAGCCCGCAUGAUCAUUGUGGCGCGUUGUGCCCGCUUGGUCGCGUUCAACGGCAGUGAGAUUCGAGCCAAGGAGCGCAUUGACGCCGAACAAAUGUACCUGAAGCGGAUUUUGCACGAGCUCGCGUCGUUUCCGUCGGACGACGACAAGCUCAAAGUCGCCUCGAGCCACCCGCGCUUUGACGAGCUCGUGGCCAAGUACCCUGACAUCCAAGUACGUGUGCGGGCUGUGUGUAUCCCGCAAAGUGACCGCGAUGGCCCCGCGGCGCUCGCACGCAGCCUCGUGGCAGUGACGUUUCUCCCGAUGAGUAUCAACGCCACGACGAUGGAUCCAAUGGAGAAGAAGCUGCCGCUCAACAUGAAGGUCGGCCAGCUCAAGCUGCUCCAGCAAAAGGGCAUGCCGAUUCCGCUCGACGACGAUGCGUGCGACGUGGGCUACUACGGUCUGCAGGACGGCGCCGAGAUCCUCGUCAACGACGUGUGGUAA